AUGGAGGCGGCGCACAGCCUGCCCGUGCUCGACGUGCUGCGCCGCUUCGGCGUGGCCGAGAGCUGCGGGCUCAGCCCCGAGCAGGUCCGGAGGAGCCGGGAGAAGUACGGCCCUAAUGAGCUCCCUGCAGAAGAAGGAAAGUCCCUCUGGGAGCUGGUGCUGGAGCAGUUCGAAGAUCUCCUGGUCCGCAUCCUUCUGAUGGCCGCUUUCCUCUCCUUCAUCCUGGCCUGGUUUGAAGAAGGAGAGGAGAGCAUGACAGCCUUUGUGGAGCCCAUCGUCAUCAUCAUGAUCCUGAUCGCCAAUGCCGUGGUGGGUGUGUGGCAGGAGAGGAAUGCCGAGAGCGCCAUCGAGGCCUUGAAGGAGUACGAGCCGGAGAUGGGGAAGGUGAUCCGUGCUGACCGCAGUGGGGUGCAGAGGAUCCGCGCCCGGGACAUCGUCCCCGGGGACAUCGUGGAGGUAGCAGUCGGUGACAAGGUGCCGGCGGACAUCCGCAUCAUUGAAAUCCGCUCCACCACGUUGCGGGUCGACCAGUCCAUCCUCACAGGGGAGUCCAUGUCAGUGAUCAAACAUGCGGACCCCAUCCCCGACCUGCGUGCUGUCAACCAGGACAAGAAGAACAUGCUGUUCUCCGGCACCAACAUUGCCGCUGGGAAGGCCGUGGGGGUUGUCAUUGCAACAGGGGUGUACACAGAGAUCGGGAAGAUCCGAAACCAGAUGGUGGAGACAGAGCCUGAGAAGACCCCCUUGCAGCAGAAGCUGGAUGAGUUCAGCCAGCAGCUCUCCAAAGUGAUUUUCCUGGUGUGCAUCGCCGUCUGGGUCAUCAACAUCAGCCACUUCAGCGACCCCGUCCAUGGCGGCUCCUGGUUUCGAGGUGCCAUCUACUAUUUCAAGACCUCAGUGGCCCUGGCAGUGGCCGCAAUCCCCGAGGGCCUCCCGGCCGUCAUCACCACGUGCCUGGCGCUCGGCACGCGCCGCAUGGCCAAGAAGAACGCCAUUGUGCGGAGCCUGCCCUCGGUGGAGACCCUGGGCUGCACCUCCGUCAUCUGCUCCGACAAGACCGGCACCCUCACCACCAACCAGAUGUCUGUCUGCCGGAUGUUCAUUAUGGAGAAGGUGGAGGGCACCCAGUGCAGCCUGCACGAGUUCAGCAUCACCGGCUCCACCUACGCCCCCGAGGGACAGAUCCUGAAGGACGAGCAGCCGGUGUGGUGCGGGCAGUACGACGGGCUGGUGGAGCUGGCCACCAUCUGCGCGCUCUGCAACGACUCCUCACUGGACUACAACGAGUCAAAAAAAGUCUACGAGAAGGUGGGGGAAGCCACUGAAACAGCCCUCACGUGCCUGGUGGAAAAGAUGAACGUCUUCGACACCGACACCAGCAAACUCUCCAAGGUGGAGCGAGCCAACGCCUGCAAUUCGGUGAUCAAGCAGCUGAUGAGGAAGGAGUGUACCCUGGAGUUCUCCCGCGACCGCAAGUCCAUGUCGGUGUACUGCACGCCCACCAGCCCUGGCCACAACUCUGCCGGCAGCAAGAUGUUUGUCAAGGGCGCCCCAGAAAGCGUGAUUGAGCGCUGCACCCAUGUCCGCGUGGGCACGGCCCGGGUCCCGCUGACCGCCCCGGUGCGGGAGAAGAUCCUGAGCCGGAUCCGGGACUGGGGCAUGGGCAUCGACACGCUGCGCUGCCUGGCCCUGGCCACCCAUGACUCGCCCGUCCGCAGGGAGACCAUGCAGCUCCACGACUCCACCACCUUCAUCCACUACGAGACCAACCUGACCUUCGUAGGCUGCGUGGGGAUGCUGGACCCCCCCCGCAAGGAGGUCACCUCUUCCAUCGAGAUGUGCCGCAAGGCCGGCAUCCGCGUCAUCAUGAUCACCGGCGACAACAAGGGCACAGCGGUGGCCAUCUGCCGCCGCAUCGGCAUCUUCUCGGAGAAUGAGGACGUGGCCGGCAAGGCCUACACGGGCCGGGAGUUCGACGAGCUGCCCCCCGAGGCCCAGCGUCAGGCGUGCCGCGACGCCCGCUGCUUCGCCCGCGUGGAGCCGGCGCACAAGUCCCGCAUCGUCGAGUACCUGCAGUCCUUCCACGAGAUCACUGCCAUGACGGGUGAUGGCGUUAACGAUGCCCCAGCCCUGAAGAAAGCUGAGAUCGGCAUCGCCAUGGGGUCCGGCACGGCCGUCGCCAAGUCGGCAGCUGAGAUGGUGCUUUCGGACGACAACUUCUCCACCAUUGUGUCGGCCGUGGAGGAGGGCAGGGCCAUCUACAACAACAUGAAGCAGUUCAUCCGCUAUCUCAUCUCCUCCAACGUCGGGGAGGUCGUUUGCAUCUUCCUGACGGCCAUCUUGGGCCUGCCCGAGGCCCUCAUCCCCGUGCAGCUGCUGUGGGUGAACCUGGUGACGGACGGGUUGCCGGCCACUGCGCUGGGCUUCAACCCCCCAGACCUGGACAUCAUGGACAAGCUGCCCCGCAACCCCAAGGAGCCCCUCAUCAGCGGCUGGCUCUUUUUUCGCUACCUGGCCAUUGGAGUGUACGUGGGACUGGCCACAGUGGGCGCAGCUACCUGGUGGUUCCUGUACGAUGCCGAGGGGCCGCAGGUCUCCUUUCAUCAGCUGAGGAACUUCAUGAGGUGCACCGAGGACAACCCCAUCUUCGAAGGAGUUGACUGUGAAAUCUUCGAGUCCCGAUACCCGACCACAAUGGCUCUGUCCGUGCUGGUGACGAUUGAGAUGUGCAACGCUCUGAACAGUGUCUCUGAGAACCAGUCGCUGCUGCGGAUGCCCCCGUGGCUCAACAUCUGGCUGCUGGGGGCCAUCGUCAUGUCCAUGGCUCUGCACUUCUUCAUCCUCUACGUCAAGCCCAUGCCCCUCAUCUUCCAGGUCACCCCCCUGAGCUGGCCGCAGUGGGUGGUGGUGCUGAAAAUCUCCCUGCCCGUUAUCCUGCUCGAUGAAGGACUCAAGUACCUGUCCCGCAACCACUUGGACGGCAUUCUCAGGACAGUAAGAAACACGUGGAGCGGGGAGCACCAGUUGAAAACCUGCAGGACUCCAGAGCAAGGGAGAAGAGGACAAGAAAUGAACGACACGAAGGAGGCACUCUUAGCUAAAGGACCCCUAACUUGUAACUCGGACUGAAGUCUUGCAUGCGUGACCAUCGCUAGAAGCCAGCAGGACAUGCAUGUGUCCGACUACCAGA